AUGUUGUAUUCAAUUGGCUCCACGAUCCCAGAUGCGCUCUCGGUCGAGGAAUACGGCAGGCUAUACAAUGCCUAUCGGGAGGGAAAAUAUCUUCUGCCCAACGACGACCUUCAGCACCAUUGGUGGAAACUCCUUCUGGGUAACAGGCUAUUCAUCGCGCCGAUUAGAAACCCCAGCGAUGCCCUAGAUAUUGGGACUGGAACAGGCAUCUGGGCCAUCGAAUUUGCGAAGCAGAAUCCGCAGACGAGCGUUAUUGGCACGGAUCUUAGUCUGAUUCAACCAAAAGACGGCAUACCUCCCAACUGUACUUUCGAGCGGGAGGACAGCGAGGAGCAAUGGGUUUUUGACAAGCAAUUUGAUUAUAUCCACUGGCGGUUGAUGCUCACUUGCUUCAACGACUUCAAGGGCAUGAUCGCUAAAGUCUUUGAGCAUUUAAAGCCCGGAGGGUGGGCUGAGUUCCACGAGAGUGUCUUUGAGUUGAUCCCGUCAGAUGCAGCGGCGGCUGAGGUCCUCAAUCGAUCGGCACUGCUGCAAAGCUUCCAAUACUCCCUUCAGGCAGGCUAUCAGAUGGGAAGAGAUUUCAAUUCAGCAAAAAAGUUCAAGGCCUGGAUGAUCGAGGCUGGUUUCGUUGACGUCGUCGAGAAGCAAUUCUUGUCUCCUGUCAAUGGGUGGCCGGUCGACCCGAAAGACCAGAAGAUCGGAAAGUGGUACUGUCUCAACAUGCUCAAGUUCCCAGGGAGUAUUACCAAGCUGCUCCAGUCCGCCGGGAUCCCUCCCGAUGAAAUCCCCGCUUUCCAACAACAAAUCCGUGAGGACGUCACAUCAAGACAUAUGCGUGUCUACCACCCUCUGUAUGUAAUCUACGGGCGAAAGCCUGCUCAUUACAGAGAAGGAUUUACCCAAUCGGGGCCACUAUUCUAGGUUAUCGUCGCAGGUCGCUAUGUAAUGCAUGUGGUGCCGCAGCCACGGUCACGGUGUCGACGACGUCAAGGGUACAAAAUGGAGUCCGCAAGUGAAAGAUCAGUUACCUUCACCAUUGCUAGAAUUGAUCGAUCGAGAGAGGGGGGGAGAGAGGGGGAGAGAGGAAAAGAGAGAGUAGAGCCGAUAAGAGUAUACCCAUCAUUUACUUGUUCACACCUCC